AGAGAAAGGACACAUUACAAGUACGUCCACGCAAGAGAAAAAUAAGGAGGGAAUGAAAGCACUCCGUGUACUGUCAGGGAUUGAGAUUGAUGAGGAAUCAACAGCUGUCGAUGGCCUUCAUCAGAUGAUAGGGCUAAAAAAGCUUGCCAUUUACAAGCUCAAUAUAAAGAAAGAUGAUAAAACCUUCACACAACUACAUUCCGCUAUUACAUACCUUUUCAGCUGUGGUCUGCAAACUCUGGCAAUCAACGAUGAAGGUUCUGAUUUUAUCAACUCACUGGACUCCAUGUCGGCACCUCCAAGGUACCUCAUCGCCCUUGAACUGUCUGGCAAGUUGGAAAGGCCCCCAAUGUGGAUAUCCAAACUCCACAUCCUCAGCAAGUUAACACUAUCUCUGACAGUUCUCCGGACUGACACAUUCAAGCUCCUCCAGGACCUGCCAUCACUGUUUUCUCUCACAUUUUCACUUAGUGCAGCAAAGCAGAAUCAGGAAAUAAAGGACAUCCUCAAGAAGAAUAAAUCAGAUUCUGAUGGGGAGAUCUUUGUUCCAGCAAGAUUCCCGAGUCUUAAGCUGCUACGCUUCUUUGCACCCCUUGUGCCAAAGCUGGGAUUUGGUGACAAUGCAAUGCCAGUAUUAGAGAUGAUUCAGGUAUGGUUUGAAGCCUUUGAAGGUUUAUUUGGCAUCGACACAUUAGAAAACCUCCGGGAGGUGCACCUCAGAGUUAAUGGCCUAGCGGCGGAAUUAAAAGAAAGUAAUGAAGCAGGAACACAAGAAACAGAAACCCCUGAAAUAAAAGAAAAAGAAAGGAAGGAAGCCGCUGAAAUCACCAGGCUCUUGGUCAAAGAUUUGAAGAACUACACUACUGAUAAGCUGAAGGUAAUCGUUGACUAUAUCAUCAAUGCUUGAAAUUGCAAAAUAAUUUGGUUGUUGUUUGCUAAAUAAAUAGGGAUGGCAUGUAUAUCCAUCUCCCAUGGCACUGUAAUUUU